UUCUCAUCUUACUACGAGUUCCCGAGAACUACGCUCCGUCAAUGAUGCCGUGAGUAAGAACAUUACACUGGUACUGGAGAACCUCCUCAAGAACUAUGAAAGAACACAACUACCAACUCAUAAUACUGGAUGACCAACUGUUAUCACUACCAACAUAUUGAUACGAAGCAUGGGUCCAGUGUCUGAAUUGGAUAUGGAUUAUUCGAUGGACUGCUAUUUUCGGCAAACGUGGAGAGACUCACGACUCAGUUUUAAGGGACCAAUAAAGAGUUUGAGCCUGAGCAUUAAAAUGCUGGAAAGGAUUUGGAGACCAGAUACCUAUUUUUACAAUGGAAAGCAGUCCUAUGUUCACACCAUUACUGUUCCAAAUAAAUUACUGCGCAUAUCUCAGGAUGGUGAUAUUUUAUAUUCAAUGCGGUUGACAAUAAAAGCCAAAUGUCCAAUGGAGCUCAGGAGUUUUCCUAUGGAUCGUCAGUCAUGUCCAUUGAUUCUAGGCAGUUAUGCUUAUCCGAGUCACCAACUCAUCUACCAAUGGCAAACGGGCGGAAGUGUCAGUUUUGAGCCAGGAAUGACUCUCUCUCAGUUCGACCUGAUGGGCAGUCCUCAGCGCAACCUCUCUUUUCAUCGGAGAGAAGGUACAUUCUCGUUAUUGCAAGUGAACUUCAAUCUGCAAAGGCAUACAGGCUACUUCCUGAUUCAGGUGUAUGUGCCUUGCAUUCUCAUUGUCGUCUUAUCCUGGGUUUCGUUCUGGAUUCAUCGAGAAGCAACAAGUGACAGAGUUGGACUAGGAAUAACUACAGUUCUUACUCUAUCUACGAUCAGCUUGGACAGUAGAACUGAUCUUCCAAAAGUAAAGUAUGCUACAGCUCUGGACUGGUUUCUGUUGAUGAGCUUCUUCUAUUGCAUCGCAACUCUAUUAGAAUUUGCUGGCGUUCAUUAUUUCACCAAGGUGGGGAGUGGCGAGAUACCGAUAGAUGAGGACGAAUGGGAGGACGUGGAUGCGACGAGCCAGGAGGUGAUAGGCGUGACGGCCAGCGACCUCGGCUUCACCAUCAACAUGGACUCACCCACCUUCCGCAGUGCUCGACGGCGCAGCUCUCUCAUAUGCCCCAUCUACAAUGACCCGUCAGCAAUGAGCGGUUCUCCACGGCGGUUGUCGAUUGCCCCAGUGGUGAGCAGCCGCGUGCACACGGCUCGCAAUACCAUGGAGCGACACACGCAGACCGAAACCAAGGUGUCCAAGUGGACGCAAAUGCUCUACUGCAUAGUUGGAGAUGAUGCGUAUCGCAAACAGCGGCAAAGAGAAGCCUCACAGAGAGGCCCUGGAGUUGCAAAACACGUCAACAGCGUUUCGUACAUCGACAGAGCGGCCAGAAUAUUAUUUCCAGCUUCGUUCACGUUUUUGAACGUCGCUUACUGGAUGCUGUACUUCGAGUACCAACAGGAGUUCGGCUGGCAUGACAUACCAUCAGUUAGUCAUUAGACACUGCUGUCAUGGAUUAACCAGUUUUUAUCGAAACCUGCAUCAAUUAUUUCCGUAUCAUACAUAAUAUUCAUUCUAAAAAAAUUUCGUUUGGAAAAUAUCAACUAAGCGAAGCAAGAAAAACACAUCAGUAUACAGCUGGACAACUCCAUUGAUUUGAACUCUCACGAAUGAAAUUUGUUAAAAACAAGUAUAGCUUGAUUUAAUAAAGUAUUAAUUCCAGAUUAGGAAUAAAAUUCCAUACUAGUUGAAACAUCAGUAAUGAGUUUCUUAAUUAUCAAAAAUAUCAAAAUCAAUAUAUAAUAAUAUGUUUAUGAGUAUUAUUGUAAAAACUUCUAAAUGAAAAUUAUGAUCAAGUAAUUCCAAUUAGAGAGAAUACAAAUUAGGUCGAAGUAGACAAAGUACAUUGUCAACUGUUUCAGCUAGGUCAGUCGAGUAUCCUACCACAGUUCUACUUUCAAGUAGUUGUUGCUUAGACCAUGCAUCUAAUUCAGAGGAUAUCAAGUCAUACGUUGUAGAUAAAAAAUAGCAUUUAUUAAUUAAGUAAAAUAUUCAAUUGUCAUGACUCAGUUAAGACUUAUCCGAAUCCUAUGAUGAGUAUGUCAUAACGAGAAUAUUAUUUGAUUGUAAAUUCGAAAUUUCAGAGGCUAUAAACCUCUUUCAGAGUGCUCUAAUCAUGAAAUGGAUUAAUAUUGUUCAAAGCAUCUGUAUCUCGCUUUUCUGCUAUUAUUAAUACAAGCCAUUAUCGCAGAGCAAUUUGUGUUUCAUUCAUCCUGUUAGCACAAAUAUAGGCCUACAACUUUUCCUUUUUAUAAUUCUGUGACUUGUCUGUGAGAUUUUUCAAUGUAUUAUUGGAGUUUGAAUGUGAUAUGACCUCAAAAAUCUCAAGAGGUAACAAUGAUUGCUAUGAUUUUAUCAAAUCAAUUAUCAUGAUUUUACAUGAUAAUGUUAUGAUUGAAAACGAAACUGGAAACUCAUAUUAUUACCUGGUUUUGAGUAAAUUUCAAUAAAGUACCUAGUUUUGUCAAAUUUUCAUUGUAAAGAAUUUAAAUAAUCCAUUAUCUAUAUGAUUUCAUAAUCCAAAGAUGACAUGUUGAUAAAUGACAAAUGCUUCCGGUAUGUUCGUAUAAAGGAGUCUACUUCUUUAAUCUUCCACAGUAAAAUGGCCAACUCAGAUAACCUAUAUGCAAACCAAUUCGGAAAAUUAAAAAAAAA